UACACCACAUUGAAGGAGUGAAUGUAAUGAUCAUUUUUAAAUUUCAAUCUUUUCUUCCUUGAAAACUAGACAUGAAACCCAACGCUGUGGUGGCACAGCAAAAAGCAGAGGAGAGGGGGCCAGCGGUGGAGAACAAGGCCCUGCAGGAGCUGAGGAGCCUGAGCAGAGACCUCCAGGCCGUCCGCCUUCAGGUGGAGCAGCAGCUGGGUGGAAGCCAGAGCUCGGAGGAGUGGAUCCAGGUGGGUUUCAUCAUAGACCGCCUGCUGUUCGGCCUCUACAUCCUCUUCAUAUCAGUCAGCUUCUUUACCAUCAUCAUUAUCUGGGUAAACUCGUACAGUCAGUAGACAUCUGCUGUCUGUUUUAAUGGGCUCCAUUCAUGUAGCUAUUGACUCAAACGUUUGUUGAUUUGUUAUCAAUACAUGAUAGAUUUGUUGUUUUGUUUGGAGCCAAGACAUUACAUACUCUAAAGUUAUUGUAUUAUGGUUAUAUUAUCUUAUAUAAUUAUAUUGGACAUUAAAAUAACUCUACUACAUUAAUUAGAUGUAGUUCUAAGACUUUUGUGUUAUAUUGUGCC